CCGUAUAUAUUUUUAAACAUAACAUAAGUAUACUUAUUUUUUGAUUAUUCUCAUCAACAGACAUCGUUAUAGGCGUGUUGAACGUGAAGACUGCUACAAACAUGGCUAUGGUUUUCAGUAGGAUGAUGGCGCCCAAAAUACAAGAAGAUGAAAAUAUCACCAACAACAAUAACAAAGAUGAUUCUCCUCAGUUUAAACUCAACAUAGAAGAUACUGCUGUACACCGUGGAAACACGGAUUCAAAUUCAACGAAUAACAGCCAAUUUUCAAGUAUGUCCGACGAGGAGAGUUAUGAAUGUUAUGGCGAAGGAGACAUGGAGACUUCAUCGCCUGCUAAUAACGUGUUAACAAAUGGCGUAGAAAAUCCUAACGCUAACACGCUAGGCCUAAAAAGAAACACAUGGUUAAGGACAAGUUUGAGAAGAACGACUAACGGAAACAGCGCCGAAAUACUACCAAAUCGUAAAUGGGGUUCAAUGAGACAUUCAUCGGGCAAACGGAUCAGCUCAAACGCACUCGCCAGUGAACUAUACCGGAGCUCGAGUUUCAAUUCGUCCGGCCGUAGUUCUAUUUGCGAUACGCCCGAUGAUGUGUAUUCUGACACGUCCAUCGAAGAGGAUGUUCUCGACCUCAACAAUAAGGUACAAGUGUUGCAAAAACAAAUGAACGCGUUGGCCGAUAAUCAACACCUCACGGACGAACGGUAUGCGCGCACCAAGGAGGAAAACGCUGCGCUCCAAGCUCGCGUCCACAUGCUGGAAGAGCAACUUCGUGACACCGAGCUUAGGUGCGAGGAGCGGUUGGCGUCCGAAGAACGCAGGCACCGGGAGCUCGUCACCCGGGUUGACAGGGAAAAACAAUUGCAUAUCGAUAACUGUGCCAUAAGACUUCAAAGUAUCGAGUCGGCCAAUGAGAGCCUACGGUUGGAGGCGGAAAAGUGCAAGUCCGCGUUGGAUACGAUGCGUCAUGAGAAGAUCUCAUUGGAACAACGGGUGAACGAUCUUAAUGUGGGCGCGCAAUCGUUCAAAGACGAAAUACGACUGUUGGAUGCCGAACUCAGAACGUUGAAACAGAGGGAAAAAGACAACGAAGAAAUCAUCAAGGGUCUUACCAGAGAGUUGGAAGUGUCGCGACUGGAAAAAGAAGCCAUGGUCACUGAAUUGCACUCGCCGUCGCCAUACGUCACCGAACUCACAGCUCAGCUGGAGUCGUUGAAACACCAGAACCGCUCGUUAAAAGAUUCGUACGACGAACUUCAAGCUUCAAUUAUAGCCAAAGGCAUCGAAAAAGGCAGGAUGUUGCUGACCGAGUCUCCGAGUCUCGCAUCCGAACUUGAUGGCUUGACUCACGACGACCACAAUCCCCCGUCUUUGCAAAUAAACAAGAUGAAAACCGCUCUCAAAGACCAACAAGAAGUCAACGAUCAGUUGCGUACUUACAUCGACAACAUUCUGUUAAACAUCGUCGAAAACCAUCCUGAAUUGUUAGAAGUCAAACAAAAUUUAUGAAAAUUACAGAAAUAUAUAAAUAAUACACACACACAUCAAAUGUUCCUAAUAAUAUUGAUCGGGGAAGUUGCUGGGGCUUAGCGUCUUCCAAUUAGACAUGUUUAUCUCAUAUUUUGUUGAUGUUGUCGUUACACUUAUAUUUUAUUUUAUUUAUUUGCAACAGUUUUAUUUUUUUUUUUCAUUUUUUCUCACCGGAUUAUCAACAUA